CAUAAACGCAAAGGUAAACACGAGUGUGUCAGUGUGUGAGUGACAGCAUAGCCAAAGAAGCGCGAAUCGUAAGACGAUGGCCGAUACCGCAGCACCCGAAGUACCGACUGCAGCAGCAGCUGCCCCAGCAACCGUGGCCAAGUCGCCGAAGAAGCCCAAGGCGGCAGGCCCCAAGAAGCCGAAGCAGCCGGCGGCCCAUCCUCCGGUGAACGAGAUGGUGCUGGCCGCUGUGAAGGCACUGAACGAGCGCAACGGAUCGUCGCUGCAGGCGAUCAAGAAGUACGUGGCGGCCAACUACAAGGCCGACGUGACGAAGCUGACCACCUUCUUCAAGAAGGCGCUGAAGAGUGGCGUCGCCAGCGGCAAGCUGGUCCAGACCAAGGGUACCGGAGCGUCGGGCUCGUUCAAGCUGUCGGCCGCCGCCAAGAAGCCCGUGGUAGAGAAGAAGAAGAAGGCAGCGGCACCGAAGAAGUCUGCGUCCGCCGGGGACAAGAAGAAGAAGACCGCGGCCAAGAAGCCGGCCGGUGAGAAGAAGGCAGCCGCCAAGAAGACCACCAAGAAGGCAGAGGGUGCCGUAGCCAAGAAGCCAAAGACGGCCGCUGCCAAGAAGCCCAAGGCCGCCGACGGUGCGAAGAAGGCCGCCAAGAAGCCAGCAGCAGCACCCAAGCAGAAGGCUACGAAGCCAACCAAGGCCGCAGCCGCCAAGCCGAAGGCACCGAAGCCAAAGAAGGCAGCAGCUCCCGCCAAGAAGGCCGCUGCCCCGAAGAAAGCCGCCGCACCGAAGAAGGCAGCCGCCCCGAAGAAAGCCGCAGCCAAGAAGUAAAGGGCUACACUACUACAUCGUGACGCUGUUCCGGGCGCUCUCUAGUCCUGCAGUUCCAUCGUUCAUUCAACAGUCCUUUUCAGGACUACCAAACGAUUCAGAAAAGAUAUUGGUUAUCUACAUUCCCUGUUCUUUAGAUUAUACAAUCAUGAAGUUCCUCAUUGCAGCCAUGUUUUCGUUAAAAAGCUUGGCUUGAAUCUUGGUCCUUAGUGUAACAGUGUCACGUCCCAGGUGAAGGUGGAUGAAAUGCACGCAAAAUCCUAUUCUAUGCGGCACUAACGUGUAGCACAAACAUACGACAGGAUUACGGCCCUGCUAACAAAUACUGAUUUACGCACGCGUAAUGUUGAUGUAUUACUCUCGAGCCGAUCCGGUGACCGGGGACCAAGUAUCGAUUCCGCUAUACCAACUAUCCAGCUGCGGGUUAAAAAAAAAGUCUAGGAAGCCAAAAACCAGAUAGAGGACAGUCCCUGUCGAGUUUGCCCUUGUGCCAAAGCUCAAGAAGACGUACCGAUAGGUGACCGCACCUUCAAAGUUCUUCGGUGCUUUCUGGUAAGUUUGUUAAGUUCACCCUUAUCAAAGGCUCUGGUUGUCAACCCGACUAUACUCCAGCCUGAGGAGAAACUUGUGCGGUUCGGUGUAUACUCCGAUACUGUGCACCCAGGUUUCUCGGUGGACUGGCCACUUAUUCAAGCCGCCGAUUAGGACAGAAUGGGUGUGAUAGCUUCGAAUUGUUGCAUUCACCGGAAAAGCCUUUCACAUUGGAUUGGGAUACGAAGGCGCACACCGCAACUAAAGUAAGCGGGUGGGUUAAGAGACUUUUGCAGAAGGGACCCAUUCGGCUGCAAUGCCAUCCUCUACAUUCUUUUAGUCAUCAAAUUAGAAAAGCUAUUUGUAAACAUCACACCGACAGGAAUAUUACUGCUUCGUGUGUGUGUGUGUUUUUGUGAUCAUUAUAUUAAUUUGCAUAAUUUUAGUACACAUUUCACCAUCAGCAUCGUUCUGUUGGUUACCUAUUUGUUCCUACUCCUAUCAAGAGCCCAUCCUAUUGCUUAUCCGCCUAGUAACAUGUGUAGUAAUGUGUGUGUGUGUGUGUGUGUAUGUAGAAAAAGGAGAUGAAAUUAAAGGGAUCCGCGAGCCUCAAAGUCACCUGCCGGUUGAGCAAGGCUCCACAAUGUUUGUGCCAGCUUUUGAAUGUCCCUACUACACAUUUCUGAAAUGGUUGCUCGCCCGACGUACGAUUUAUAACUGAAGCCUUAUUAAAGGUAUUUUGUUACUUAA